AUGGAUGAUCCAAAGAAUCCAAGUCAAAAACUAAUGGAAAAGAUCAAAUUAUUAGACAAUUUCCCACUUAGUGCUUAUGGUGAAACUUCUGAUACAAAAGAAAUUUUGCGAUAUUUGAUUUCCCGUGUUCUUGAUUACACUGAAUUGCUUCUUGAAUUUCAUUACUAUCAAUUAGGAAAUAAAUACUUAAGCCCAGCAAGAGAUAUGAUCAUUUCAAAUACACUUCCAUUUAGUUUAUACACAGGUGCAAAUUCAGUGAACACAUCGAAUACAAAUCUAAAUAAUUUGGUUUUCAUGAUAGCAACGCACUGCGCAAAAGUUCUUGAAGAACCAAUUAUUGAUAUAAAUGUUGCUUCUGGAAUGGAUGCUGUUACAAGCAGAUCAAAUGAUGUCAUUACAACUCAAGUUGCAGGAGAAGCUCUAGAAUUAAUUGUUGAAUAUAUAAGAGAUAGAGUUAGCCAUUUUAAAUUAAUUUUCAAAAUUCUAAUGGUAGUUCUUAUUACAUUAGUUUUAGUUAUUUUCAUUAUAAUAUAUAGAGUUCAAAUAAUCAAAUUAAAGAAUAAUAAAGAAGAACUAUAUGGAAUCUUCUUACAAUUACCCAAAACGGUCAUUUCAAAUAUAUCAAGUUCAUUUAAUAAAACUAAUGAUGGAUCAACAAAGACUAACAAAAGUAAUAUCGAGCUAAAUAGACAAGAAGAUGGAAUAAUCAAACUAUUUUCAUCAAUAUCUGAUGGAACAACCAGUGGAAAUAUUGAAAUAUAUAAUGUUUUCAACCUUUUAGUUGUUCUUGCAUGUGAAAUUAUAGGCAAUGCUCUAAUAUUUUCUCAUUAUAUCAAAGGGGCUGAAAGCUUAGUUAAGAAUUGUCAUCAUAUUGAUUAUUUAUAUGGAAGUAUUUGUAUAAUGUUUUCAGUAUUCUCAUCGCUUUUAACAGUAGUUCCAGCUGAAUAUGAUCCAAGUUUAUCUCCAAUGUCCCCAAGACCAGAUGUUGAAAUGGGAGUCAUUAAAGAUUUUAUCCCUAAGAUAAUCCAAUAUGUUCAUUUAUUAAGAUUUGGUGGAUCUGAUAAAGAUGAUGUCCCAUAUAUUGGUAUGGAAGAAGCCAUUGAUGUUGGAACAACACUUCUUCUCCCAACAACAAAGAUAAUUGCACCAACAAAUAUUCAAGAUAGUGUUCAUGAGUUUUCAAGUGAACAACAAAUAUAUUUAACAAUUGCAUACUUGAAACGAAUUCUAAAUAAUUUCUAUCAACAAAUUUAUCCUAAAUUAAAUGGUGAAGUUGAUGUUCUCUGGCAAAUCGGUCCAUUUGAACUUUAUCAAGCACUAUAUUAUAACGAAGGUGAAAAAAUAGUUCCAAAGAUAAGAAAAGAGAUUGAUAUUCAGCAUUUCAAAAUCAUUGCAAUUACUAUAUUAACAUCUGUAAUUGGUUUGAUAUUCACAUUGAUAUCCUUGAAGAUGAUUUCAAAAGAAGAAGAUACUCUUAAAUUUGCAUUAAACAAUUUAAUGAGAUGCGAUUCAUCCAUUAUAUUCCAAAAUCAUAAAAUUGUAGAAUUACUCAGUGGAAAUUAUAAUACUUCCAAGCAUGAAGACACAUCAAAAAGUAUUCGAUUUCAUUCUGAUGUUGUAAACAAAUUAAUUGACAUCAUCAUUGUGGCACAAGAAAUGAAUAAUGAAAUUAUUGGUGUGAAUAAGUCAUUUGAAGAAAUGUUUAAUUUAGCAGAAGAUGAAAUUGUUGGAACAAAAAUUGAAGAAUUCUUUUUAAAUGGAAGAUUCAAAUCGGAUGAUAAAAUAGAAAAGGUUUUAAAUAACAAAACAGAAUUGGUUUAUACAGAUAAAAAUGAUAAUAAACAUAUCAUUGAAUUCUCUAUUCAAUGUGUUGCCGGAAAGAAAAUCUUUUCUGGAACCGACAUAACACAAACAAUUUUACAUGAAAAGAUGAUUGCAGAUGAAAAAAAGAGAUCUGAUGCGAUGUUGGCAUCAAUUUUACCUCCAAGUUUAGUGCCAAGGGUGCAAGCAGAAGAAAAGAAUAUUUCAUUUUCUAUCAAGUCGGUCACUGUUUUGUUCUUGGAUGUUGUUGAGUUCACACCAUGGUGUGGAAGUCAAGAUGCUCAGUACGUAAUGCGAAUGUUAAAUAUCAUGUUUAAAGAAUAUGAUAUGCUCACAAAUGCGCAUAAAACCAUGACAAAAAUAAAGUGUAUUGGUGAUUGCUAUAUGGCAGCUGGAGGAAUUUUCGAUGAAGUCAACCAACCAGCAGUUCAUGCAAAAGAAGUUGUCGACUUUGGAUGUUGUCUUAUCAAGAAACUUAUUGAAAUUGAUGAGAGAGAAAAUGAGAAACUUAGAAUCCGAGUAGGCAUCAACACAGGAGGUCCAAUCAUUGCAGGCGUCAUUGGAACGGAAAAGCCCACAUUUGAAAUCCUUGGUCCGGCAAUUAAUAUUGCUCAUGAAAUGGAAAGUAAAGGUGUUCCGAUGAAAGUUCAUAUCAGUAGACCUGUAUAUGAGCUCAUCUACGGCCAGCACUUCAGCAUCAAAGAACGUGGUGAAAUUGAUAUCAAAGGUGGUAAGAUGUUUACAUAUCUUGUUGAUCCUUAA